CUAGCAAAGGAUUAUGGGUAUACAAAAUGGCGACCCCUGUGGUGUCCUGUAGAACGCAGCAUCCAGUUACUUUCGAUCUUUUCCCCACUCAGUGAUCAACCGUGGAGGUGUUCAUCAUGAAGUUGUCUUCUAUCGUGAGGCGGGUGCUCACCUCCAGCGGUCCCCUCGGUGGCGUCGCGAGCAAAUACGGCUUCGGCGUCAGUGUUCCGGCUCGAGCAGGACUCCGGGUGAUGAGGUAUAGCCAGGAGGCGCUUGACAACCUGGCCGCACCGGGCAAGUUGGCUUGCUACCGCUUGGCCCACAGGGCGCUCGUCCAGAUCGAGGGAGCCGAGGCUAGUUCCUUCCUUCAGGGACUGCUUACUAACGACGUGCAUCAGCUCGAGGACGCCAGCGGCGGGGCCGUGUACGCACAUAUGCUCAACGUCCAGGGGAGAACGCUCUAUGACGUCAUUUUGUACAGUCAAAAGGAAGCUGCGAGAGGAAGUGCCAUCCUUCUGGAAUGUGACAGCGCAGUGACAGACUCGCUCUUGAGUCACCUGAAAGUCUACAAGAUCCGCAGAAAGAUCAACAUCAACCCAUGUCCUGACCUUUUUGCUUGGGCCGUGCUACCCCUGCAACAAAGUUACAGCCAACGUUUCAGUAAGCCCGAGCUGUCCUCACCAGAAAAGGCAGUUGUGUGGGAGAAGGACCCGCGGACACAGGACAUGGGCUGGAGGUUGGUUCUGGAAAGUCAGUCUGACCCCUUAGAUGUGAUUGCAUCAUGUCAGAAAGGUGACACAGAGGAGUACCACAGGCAUCGCUAUUCAAUAGGACUUCCAGAGGGAGUGAAAGACCUUCCUCCAGGAGUGGCGCUGCCACUCGAGUCCAACUUAGUCUACAUGCAAGGCAUCAGUUUCAGCAAGGGCUGCUAUAUCGGCCAGGAGCUGACAGCCAGGACUCAUCACACCGGCGUGAUUCGCAAGCGCCUCAUGCCAGUGCGUGCCUCGGCGCCCGUCCAAAGCCUGGAGGAGGGAACGUCGCUACACACAAAGUCAGGCAAGCCGGCCGGGAAGCACCGCGCAGGGCUGGGAAAUCUGGGCCUGAGCCUGAUCCGCCUGGCUCACGCCAAGGAGGUGCUGAUGGUCAAAUGUGUCGACAACACCCAAGUGACGCUCGAGGCCUCCGUGCCCAACUGGUGGCCUGAAAACGAGAAAAGUGACUCGGGAGCUUCUACGUGACUUACAUGAGUGCUCCUGACAUGUUUCAAAUGGAGGCCUCGAGUGCUGUUUCAAUGUCACAACUUGACUGUGUUUAUUUUUAAAGGGCAAACAAUGAGAUUGACACAUGCACUUCACAGCGACAAACCAAUCAUGUCAUAAAAUGUCUUGAGCUUUAACUAAACAUGACAUAUGAUGCCGUAUGCAAUAAAUAUUAGAUUAAUGUAAUAA